CUUCGAUUUUUAGAUAGAGAGAUAGAGAGAGAGAGAGAGAGAUAGAGAGAGAGAGAGAGUAAUGUUACAGUUUCCGACGUUGAUGAGUCAGUUCCCGUCAUCGACGAAGACGAUACCGGCGUCGCAUCUGCUACCUAUACAGUGGCCUCAGCCUCAGAGCGAUGAGAUUCUGCUGGCUAUGGAAGAAGCUGAGUUGGAAGAAAAGUGCAACGAGAUAAGAAAAAUGAGUCCUAGCUUACCGGUGAUUGGAAAACCAGUAGUCGAAAACCAACAAGAAGAAGACGAUGAUGAAGCAGAUGAUGACCAUGAUGCAGACAAUGGAGAGGAAUCAGAUGGUGAAUAAUUCGAGCAAGAAACCGGUUAAGUAACAACCUCCACAACAAAUGGAGUAAAAAAGAAGUUUAAUGAUGGCGUUAGCUUUUGAUUUGGAGGAUUCAUUUUUCUAAGGGGCGUUAUUGGAAAUGAAUUUUGCGUGGAAUCUGAAAAUUAUUAAAGUUCAAAGAUUUUGAAGAGUUAAGUAGAUUUGAUGAAUUCUUGCCAUAUGUAUUGCAUAAAUUGUCAUUGAUUAUGAUUUAAU